CAUCUACACACACACACACACACACACACACACCCACCAACACACAGACACGCACACACACACACAAACAUGUACAGAGGCAUUAGUUUUCAGAAAUCUCUUCUUGAAAACACAUUGAUCUGAAUCUAGGAAUCUGUCGGAACACUUUCAGUUCAGUUGAUGAGACGCUUUGUGACGCUGACGGUCAGCAGCAGCUUUAGUUUAGUGUACAAACACACUGAAGUGUCUUCACUGGCUUUAGUGAUAAUUACUGAAGUCCUAAGAGGUCUGUUAUUUUUCCCAUUGACUAAAACAAACAAUAAAAAACUUUGGGUAUGCAAGACCCAAGACCUGCCCACUGCUGCCAUCAACCCAGAGUCAUGGAGAGCGUGCGUAAGAACAAGGUCUUUCUGAUCGACACUCUGUCCACCGAUGCCAGCAUCUGUUUACAGUACGUUCAGAGCAAGGAAAUCAUCACCAUGCGUGACUACAAGAACCUUAACCAUCCCAACCACACUCAAGAGAAGAUCAUCAUUAACCUUCUGGAUAUCCUGACGAACAAAGGUGACGAGACGUGCCGUAAAUUCCUGAAGCUGCUGGAGGAAGAAGAGGUUCAGAAGGAUUUCCCUCAGCUGAAGAAGCUCUUCACACCUGAUUCAAAAACUGCAGUCCCAGUCCCAGAAGAGACUGGAGAGUAUAAAAUGUCCAGCAUGCCUCGUGGUGUGUGCCUGAUCAUCAACAACAUGAAGUUUGAUCAACCUCGUCGGGGAUCUGAGAAAGAUGAAGAGUCUCUCAAAAAGGUGUUUGAAUGGCUGGGCUUCUCGGUAGAGGUGAACAGGGACCAAACCGCAGAACAGAUGAAGGACAUCCUCAGGAAAUACAGCAGACACAAUCACGAAGGUGACUGCUUCGUGUGCUGCAUCCUCAGCCAUGGCGACUCUGACGGGGUUCAAGGAACAGACCGAAAGUUCGUCCGAGGAUCUGAUAUCUUCGACCCUUUUAACGGAACCUUCUGCCCCAGUCUCAUCAAUAAGCCCAAAGUGUUCUUCAUCCAGGCCUGCCGUGGAGAGCAGUACCAUCAACAGGUUAAAGUCCAGUCAGAUGGCCAUGUGGAGGAGAAAGCAGAAGAAGAAGGAGAAGAAUUAGAAGCUGAUGCUGUGCAGAUCACCAUCCCAGCUGGGGCUGACGUCCUGGUGGCUCGGUCCACUGUUAAAGGCUUCUUCUCAUUUAGGCAGUCUUCUGGUUCCUGGUUUAUCCAGUGUUUGUGUGAACAGUUAAAAAUGUGCUGUGAGAGGGGUGAAGACAUCCAAUCCAUCCUUCUGAAGGUCAAUGAUGAAGUCAGUCGAAAAGCUGGAAGACACAUGAAUAACGACGCCAAACAGAUGCCAGUGCAAAAGGUCACCCUGAGAAAGAAGCUGGUGUUCCGUGUGCCGCAGUAGAACAUGUUUAUAACCAACGCAGCAGAACCUUCCAACAUGACCACCUCUUUACAGCUGAUGAUAAAAACACCACAACAGAAAUCUACAACAAUAAUGGGCCUCAUUUCUCAGUCCUGUAGGAAAGCUGUGUGUAAAAGUUUGCACCAAUAAUCAAUUCUCCUGAAAUUCUAGUAGUUUAAGAAACCAUCUUGUUUUCUUCUGUAGGUUACGAGACACACUGCAGCUCACGUGCCCUAGUCCACACCCACAAAACUCCAUCAAACACAAACACUUCUUAUUUUAAUGAUUGAUCUUAUUUGUCUUUAUGGAUUUAUGUUGGCUUGCAUUCUUUCAUUCUUAAACGUUUAAUAUAUACUUUGUUCAUGCCAUUAAUAUCAACAUUGUUGUAUAAAUCAAGUCAAACCUAACAUUAGUCUUACACAAAUAUACAGACUCAAGGGAAAGGAAACAAACGUGUGUAAAUUCUCCUGUCAUUAAAUCUGUAUGAGAAAUGAGGCCUAAUCUCAGGAAAGUACAAUAACUAUUAAAUUACACAUAAUAAAGUGAAGCACAAAUGACUUCUUUUUUUUAGAAUGAAACAUUUUAAAUGUUUAUCAUUUUUAUUCUGUAUUUCUGUGAAGCUUCGGUGUGACAUUGUUCACUGUUAAAAUGUCAGAAAUAAAACUGAACUGAAUAAAUGUA